AUGAUUCGUAUUAAACAAGAUCCUGAUGCAUUAGAUUUAACUAACCGACCACAACAACAUUUACUUUCACCUACAAUUGAUCAUGAAGAUGAUGAUGAUGAUGACGAAAAUUUUUCUACUGAAGAUGAUACACAUGAUUGUCUUCCAAAAAAAACAACAUAUGAUAGUGGUUUUGUUGAUACAAGUGAUGUAAAUAAUAGUUCAAUUAUGGUUAAACAAGAACAAAAUCAUCAUCAUCAUUAUCAUAGUACUCCACUUCGUCCUCAACAGAUACAUUCACAUAUUCGUCAUCCAAGUACGAGUAGUAGUACAUGUUCAUCACCAACACGUCAAGAACAAUCAAAUGAUAAAGAAUGUCGAAAUACACGAUUUUUGGGUAGUCGAGCUGUUGCAAUUUUAAAUCAAUGGUUUCAAUCAAAUCGUGAUUAUCCAUAUCCGGAUGAUGAACGAACAGAACAAUUAGCUAAUGAAGCAGGUAUUACUCAAAAACAAGUUAAAAAAUGGUUUGCUAAUAAACGUGUACGUAGUCAAAUGUGUUAUAAACCAUUAUAUCGAUCUCGAAAACCUCGAAAUUCAACAUCUACUAUUCCUGAACGUCAAACACAAACAAAUUAUAAUUAUAUUAUUAAUCAUAAUAAUAUAGCAACACCUCCAACAAAUUCAAUGUUAUUUAAUCCAAUGGCAACAUCAAUGAUGAUGUUUAUGAUGCAACAACAUUUUUUAACAUCAAUGAUGACGGGUGGAUUUUCUCAAGCACCGAUUGCACCACCGCCGCCACCACCACCACAACCAUCGAUAACAAAUACACGAAAACCAAAUGUUGAUCGAAUUACUCGUUUUUGGUUGUAA